AUGGUUCGCUCAAGAAUUGUGCUCAUCCUUUUUGCAGUCAUUACCACCACCACACGAGCUAUCGACUGGAGCUUUUGGAACGACGACAACGACGUGGACACAAGCACUGAUACUGAGAUACUGUCGCCUGAAACACUUACGAAUAUGAUGGGAUCCGACUACAUGGACCGCGUCAAGGCAUUAGUUUUUGCAUCGAAGGACUCGUCGGCUGCAACCGACAACUCGCCUACCACGAUGCCUCCUUCCACAGACUCUUCGCCAUUGUCACCUUCGAUGAUUAAGACUGUCGUGGCCCCAUCGGCUGCCACCGACAACUCGCCUACCACGAAGCCUCCUUCCACAGACACUUCUUCAUUAUCACCUUCGAUGAUUAAGACUGUCGUGGCCCCAUCGGCUGCAACCGACAACUCGCCUACCACGAAGCCUCCUUCCACAGACACUUCUUCAUCGUUACCUUCGAUGAUUGGGACGGUCGUGGCCCCAUCGCGAGCUCUGCCACACUCAACAUUGUCAUCUCGCAUGCCUCCUGAUAAUGCGAUUGCAACGCCUGCAACUGUCACGAGAAAUUUUAGAUCAAGCUACCGUAACUGGGUGGGACCUUGGAGUCAAUCCGCCAGCUCGGCAUGUUACCGUGAAGCUCACAUCAUGACGACCUGUCCGAGUAACUACGACCGCAACGAUUUAACGAAUACUUGUUGGACGGAGUGUCCGAUGGAUUACCCUGUCGAGUGUGACAUGCAGUGUAUUCAACAGAAUAACGACUGUGCUCGUGAAAAUGCUGCGAAGAUUUCCGCUAUAGCCAUGUCUACCUUGAGUAUGGCCACCCUCGGUGUGUUUGGCGAGAUAGAAAACCUGGGAAGGAAAGCGGGGUGGGCUAUCAGGUGUGUCAACAUGCUGAUGACGGCGACACGAGCUAUCAUUCGUUUUACGCGUAACCAAAUGGUCUUGGACCCACAAACGUCGCAAGAGAAGCUUCUUCUGCUACUGUACCAGACAAAUUGGGUCGUUGCCGAUCUGCCUGCUACUAUCUACAGGUGCACGGGAAGGCCGGUGCCACCAAACCUUUUGCUGGCACGACAACUGAUGCCCACUGUUCAGUACAUUCUUCUAUUGGUGCUCGGCUAUAGCGAUACCAUCAUUUCCGACUGGAAACAUUUCAAGGCUUUCAUGACUAGCGCCAAUUUCACGGAGGCUGCUUCUAAAAUUACAGAGGGCGAGAUCUCGAGUCUUGAAACGGCUAUGAAGCAGAAAUCGACUUGCAGCGAUGACUUGAGUUCAGCGAUGAAUCUUGUCUGGAUGACUAUUAGUGAGUAUAGAGAGAAGAAUCCUGAUAUCAGUGAGGCAGAAGUCCGUCUCAAAAUAAGCCAGUCCGAUCUCAUGUUGUACGACAUCCCUACGGUGACUAACAACUGCAUGAGUCAAAUGAUCUCCGAGUCUAAUGAGGCCACCGCGUACAAUACGCGCGAAACGCUUCGAAAGACGUUCGGAGUUGUUAUUAACGACCUCAUUAAGCAUGGCAGGAGUGACAAUGGAACGUCCAUGGCCGCGAAGCACAGCACUUACUUGUGGGUCGACACUGCUCUUACUCUUAUUUCAUGCACGGGACUCGAAGCCGCGGAUCUGUCGGUCGUGUUUUCCGAAUUUCUCCAGACCGUCUGUGGCCCGACACAGUUCAUGGGUGAAAUUGACGACGGCACUGAUGCCGCUACCCUGGGCUUGAAUGCACUCAAGAAGGCCUUCAAGAACAGUUCGAGCUCUUGGACUAGGAUCGGGGACGGCGUUGUCAUCGUCAACUUUAAGAGCAAUGACAUCGAAGAUGUUACGGUGAAUAUUAUGUCUGGUGGUAACAAAAUUGACGAGGUGAAUGUGAAAGCUGGAGGCACAGCUCAGUGGAGUUCAACCGUCAAAGCACUAGGUGGGAAGACGUUGUAUUUAGACCGGUGGCAUACGAAUAUCCUAGGCAUUUCUAAUACAGGAGGUGGCUCAUUGAUGUUGUGGGUGCCCAUUGCACGUGAGGGGGGCCACUUAGAAGUCGAGGCCCAGCUGAACCCUACUUAA